CGGUGCAUUGUGGGUAGAGGACACAGCUCCUGUCUCGGAAGUUUCCAAUUUUUCGCCCGCGGCAACUUCGUUCGAGGCGAAUCUGUCGCUUUAACUCCGUUUGAGCUUUCUUGCGUUCUUUGCGUUUGAGGCGAUUGUCAGCGAGAUUGGAACUCGGUAAUCCGGCUAACUAGCUGCUAUGCUAACUCCGGACUGGACAGCGCCUCCUCGAGCUCAUUAAGAUGUUCAAAACACAAGUCGGGUGUCAUUUUUUUAUUAUGGGGGACUAGUUCUCCCCACCUGUCCUCAAGUCACAAUUCCUUGCCCCUUGUGUUGCGUGGUCUUGGGAAUUAGGUUCGCUUCGGAGAUGAAACUACACAGAAUGCUGCUGAGCGAAUGUAUGAAGCGCUCGGGGAUGUGUCUCCGGUCCACAGGACACUUGCGUUCAAAGCGCCUCUUAAGCUCUGGCACGGGAGGCACUCAAGCCGUCGGUGCGAGGUACGCGCCUUGCGGCGGCCAAGGCGCUCCCGAGGCACUUCGCUCGCCGCUCGAGUCGAGAAGAAGAGGUCCGGCUCGCUCGGCGACAAACGAGCACCUGCUGCGAGGGGGAGCAUCAUUGCCCGGGUCCAUCGUCCGCCGCGUAAUGACCGAAGCGCCUCUUUCCAUUGUGCCGCCACCUUUUGUCGUGAUGAGAUUUGAUCAGGAGGGAAAUGUUACAUCAUUCGAGAAGAAGAAAACUGAGCUGUGCCAGGAAUUAAGUCUUCAGGCCAGGGAUCUUCGCUUCCAGCACAGUACCAGCCUCACCACCAGAAACAACUGCAUUAUCCUGCGAAUGGAGUCUUUAAAAGCCAUCGUGACUCCCCGUUGCCUUUUGGUGUUGGAUUUCCGCGGCCUGGGUUUGGAGCGCUGGCUCGUGCUCGAGCUGGCCCCGCAGCUGGCUUCGCAGACGCACUCGCUGCCUUUUGAGUUCCGGGCGCUGGAGGCCAUACUGCAGCACAGGGUAAACAACCUGCAAACCCGGCUCAACGAAGUUGAGCCAGUAAUAUUGGACGUUUUGGAAUCUCUGGUGGAUCCGAAAAUCCUGUCUGCCGAUAGAAGUAAACUCCACGUACUGCUGCAGAACAGCAAGAGUUUAUCAGAGUUGGAGACUGACAUUAAGGUUUUUAAGGAUUCCUUGCUGAAGAUUUUGGAUGAGGAUGAAAUCAUUGAAGAACUCUGUCUCACCAAGUGGACGGACCCCAGAGUUUUUGAGGAGAGCAGUUUGGGGAUCGAUCACGCAGAGGAGAUGGAACAUUUAUUGGAUAAUUACUACAUGCAGGCCGAGGAGCUGGGGAACGAGGCCAGGGAGCUGAAAGGCCUGAUAGACGACUCGGAGAGUGUCAUCUUUAUCAAUCUGGACAGCCAUCGAAAUGUGAUGAUGCGUUUGAACCUGCAACUGACCAUGGGGACCUUCUCACUCUCCUUAUUUGGUCUCAUCGGCGUGGCCUUCGGAAUGAAUUUGGAGUCGUCUUUUGAAGAGGACGCUCGUGUUUUCUGGCUGGUGACAGGAUUCAUGUUCCUCGGCAGCGGCCUGAUUUGGAGGCGACUGCUGUCAUUUUUGGGACGACACCUCGAGCCUGCAUUACUCCCACCGAUUCCUCCAGUUUGGAAGAGAAAUCUGAAGGCUGGAGUGAGGUGAUGCUAAGAAGCACUUUUAAGGUCAAUAGACUGAGCUCAUGUUUUGCACAAAAAAGACACAAAUGAGGUGUUUCCCAUCAGCAUCGUGUUCAACUUUUUGUAUGUCCUCGCGCAUACAGUGUCUUCAAAAUGUGCCACGAGUGACUAGAUACCUCUCAUUCACUUAUCCAUUGGUGGGGAAAAAAAAAUCAUUUCAGAGUGUAAUGUAGAAAAAUGAGACCUGUGUCAUCUCAUUUUGUUGUUAUUACUGCAUUCUAUCAUAAUCAUGUGUCAAAUGCAUGUAUUGUUUGUGCCAUAUAAUGACAAUAAGAUAUAUUUUUGUGUGUAACUAUUUUAAAUACGCUUCACAUUUUGAUGAUUUUAAUCCAGUCAAUUCCUCAACCUUUUUCAUCUACUGACUCAUCCUUUCCUUUACAUACUGUAAAUGCAUUAAAUGGUCCACACCUCUCCCCAAAAAAAAAAAACAAUUUUUUUUCCCCCCCCCCCCAAGUGUUCAAAGCCGUAAUUGUUAAUAAUAUCUCUGAACAUAAAGAAAAUGUAAUUAUAUUUUCCUGCCCGUUGGUCACAGUACAGCUCAAUUUUAGAAUUUUAUUGAAUUCCACUAACUGUUGAAUCACACCUGUAUAUUUUUUUUCCAAUUGUCAGAAUAGAAGUGAACUUUGACAAAUUGGACUUGAUUUUUGUAGUUCGCCUUGUACUUUUUGAGCCAUGUACAGAGGAUAACUAGGGCCGAGCACAUAUUCAGGUAUGAAGCAAAUGUUUUGGUAACAAUAUUUGCAGUACACAUUUGCUGCCAAAAAAUAAAUAAAUGAAAGAGCAAAGAUA